GUGCAGGGGGGCAUAUCCGUGAAAAUUAAAUUAAUAUUAGCAGAAAGAUGCAAGCAGAGGUGACACUGGUUCACCCUGGUGAGGCUAUCGCAGUGCUGAUAAGGCUGAACAGGGAAAAGCCUGACAGGAUUAACUUCAAGAGCAUCUUCCACUCAGGCUCACUAUCUGAAAGUACCAUCUGUAACAUCUGCCUACGUCCAACGCAGCAGCCGCUGUGCAACUUCAUUGAUCUUCGUACAGGAGAGUCUUGGUUUUGCUACAAGCCACAGAAUAUGAGCUGUGAUACCAGAACCAACCACAUCAGGAUGGACAACCAACAUUUCAAGAAGAUUAUUCAAAUUGGUGUCAACAUGAAAGUCUUCAUUGGGGCUUCAGGACCUGAGAAGGUCACAGUGUUGCCAAAAAAUAAAGAUCAACCAGAGGUGAAGAGCAUCAGUGUGACAUCUGGACCCUCUGGCUACUCCUACCAGGGUCUGUGGCGAGCACUAGGUAACACUACAGUUCGCCAAAUCAACAUGUCUGCCACCAGUCAGUGUCUGAAACACAAGCUGGUCCACCUAUAUGGAGACUCCACCAUCAGGCAGUGGUUUGAAUACUUCAUGAAAACCCUACCAGGUCUUAAGCAGUUCGAUCUUCAAGAAGAUAAGCUUGUUGGACCCUUUAUGGCCGUGGACCAUACAAACAACAUCCUGAUGACGUACCACUACCACGGUCCUCCCCUCAGUUUUAAGAAUGUUCCAACCAGCGAGCUGCGCUACGUUGCCAAUGAACUAGAUGACUUAACUGGAGGAGCCAACACUGUCGUAGUUAUUGGUGUCUGGGCUCACUUCACCUCUUUCCCAAUGGAGGUCUACAUCCGGAGGCUGCUGGGCAUCCGCAGGGCAGUGAUGCGGCUGCUGGACAGAGCUCCACAUACUCUGGUCAUCAUCCGGACCGGGAAACCCAGAUCUUUGACACUUUAUUAUUCGCUAAUCAAUGUUGACUGGUACACAACGCAGUUUAAUAAGGUGCUCAGAGCCCUGUUCACAGGACUGAAUGUUCAUUGGAUCGAUGCCUGGGAGAUGGUCGUUGCUCACCACCUGCCACACGACAUCCACCCACAGACUCCCAUUAUUAAAAAUAUGAUUGACAUUCUCUUGUCCCACAUUUGCCCCAAAAACAGUGGCUAGAUGUGUAAAUCUAUACAAAUUAGGAAUGCUGUGAUUCAAUGAUAACUUACUCCCAUUGAUGAUGUUGACAACAUUAAUU